AGGUUUCCAAAGCCGCCGCAGACCUGAUGGCGUACUGUGACGCCCAUAUACGGGAUGACCCACUUAUCAUGCCCGUCCCCGCCUCCGAGAACCCGUUCAGGGAGAAGAAGUUCUUCUGCAGCAUCCUCUGAUGAGCUGCCCGCACAGCAUGGCGUUUACCUGUCUUCACCUGAAGCGACUGGCCGUAGGCGUUGAGUUUGGCCAGGCGGACUCUCUGUCGCCCGGUCUGCCCCGUGGCUGACGGUUUGUUUUGGGGGGAGUCGGCUACCAAACUGACAACCCAGAGUGAGCGUGUCAUGUCUUGUUAAAUAGGUUUGUUAUUGCUUCGUUUUUAGAGAACAGCUUCAUGAGACGACAGAUUCUUCUUUUCUGUGCUAGAUCUUAACACGCCUCAGGAAACACAAACUCGCCCUUUGACCUUUUACAACUUUGAUUUUGUCUUAUUCUUCCAGUGAACAGCUGACUGAAAGCUCAGCUCCGUUUAGUGCUGCAGUGCUGACUCUGACCAGACAAGAGGAGCUCACAUUUUAAUGAUUUCCCUUUGUGCAAACAGCACGCCUGAUAAGGAGGCGGAGCCUGCACAUAAAGCAAAGCUUCAUUUAAAGAGUUAAAGUUUAGUGAGGAGACGUCCUUUCUCCUCUGCAGAGCGCCUUCUCUCCUCGUUUAUUUAAAAUCUCAGACUCUUUCCUCCUGCGGCCUUGGACGCCGUGCGGGCGCCACUCGUUAGUUUUGCGGGCAGUGAAUGGUGUGGCCUUUGACCUUAAAGCCAAA